AUGGAGCGUGUUUACACGGAAAAAGCAGUGAGAGCAGCGCUCGCCCUGUCCAAGCUGACGAUGCUCUACUAUCCCGAUAAUUACCUCUCCGGUGGGUUGGUUUCAGCUCUCUGGAUUCGACUUGACGAGGAUGACGAGGUCUAUGGAUUCAUCAAGUCCUGGUACCUUUGGGAGGAAUCCGAAAACCACCCCCCGGGACAGAUGGCACCCACACUCAUUCAGAAUCCCGAUAUCCUGGAGGAUGUUGAUUUCUAUCUAGGUAUAGAGGCCAGGUUUAUGGAUGGAACAGACACCAUCACCUUCCUGCUCUGCUUGACUUUGUUGAAAAUCAAAAUUCUGCUCGAUCUCAAGGAUCUCCACCAAGCACGACAAGCCGCGGGACCGAAGGUGCCCCAGGAGGUACUGGACGAGAUCCUGGCAAAGAUUCCUCGAAGCUCGUCCAUCCGGGCCAAUCGCCGGAUCAUGAGCAAUCCCGAUCUGUCCGCCGAAAUCGCAAGACUAGAUACCCAAGUCGACGCCCUGUACAUGAAGAUUAACCAGACGAACUUCUUUUGGUGGCGAACUUUGGUCGAUCGACCACUCGAGGCGAUUCAGACGGUCGUUAACCGGUCGCAUGGCGGUGCUCCAGCGGAAUGCGGGAGUCCACUCGAGGCGGCCAUCUGGAUCACACAGAAAUCCCAACGUUUCUGCUGGAUUGAGACGCCAGGAGCUCUGGAGUUCCUGCGGCAGAAGAACUCCACCGUUCCCCUCCCCUUGUUGAGCGAGGCUUAUCGGGUCUAUGGCAGACGUGCAGAGGAGUUAGUUGCAGCUUUGUAUAACCUCUAG